CGAAAACCGCUGUAUUUGGAAUUUGGAAAAGGGAGAAAAAAGCUCCAUUUUUUUUUCUCUCUCUCUCGGAGGCUUCGUCGCUUCUUCGUAGAACGAUCGAGAAGCAGAAGAAGCUACCUAGAGGGAGAAGGAGGAGGAGGUGAAGGCGAAAGGGAUCAGCGACGACCGCGGGCGGUGAUUCGUUCGGGGAGAGGAAGCUGACCGGCCGUCUCGUUGCUUCUCCAAGCCUCGCGUUCAACCGGAGGUCUGUUCUUCAGUUCCGGUUGAGCAGGAGAAAGGCUGCAACUUUUAGCUUCGAUCAUGGUUGCGUCUGUGGCUGCUUCUGCCUUCUUCCCAGUCCCAUCUUCCUCGUCUGUGGCGUCAUCCAAAGCAUCAAGGGCCAUUAAUGAAACUCCUGAAAGUUUAGGCGUUCGAGGCAUUGUAGCCAAGCCCGCCUCGUCAUAUGGAGCUAUGCAGGUUAAGGCUCAUGCCCAAGCACCUCCUAAGGUCAACGGGACAAAGGUCGUCCUGAAAUCUGAAUCCCACACGAUCGAGGAAGAAGCUCCCUCAUCCUCGAGAACAUUCUACAACCAGCUACCAGAUUGGAGUUUUCUCUUUGCUGCCGUAACUACUAUCUUUUUGGCAGCGGAAAAGCAAUUUACACUUAUUGACUGGAAGCCCAAGCGACCUGACAUGCUUGCCGAUGCAUUUGGGCUUGGGAAGAUCAUGCAGGAUGGAAUGGUUUUCAGACAGAAUUUCUCCAUUCGGUCAUAUGAAAUAGGGGCAGAUCGAACAGCAUCUAUAGAGACCUUGAUGAAUCAUCUACAGGAAACUGCUCUUAAUCAUGUAAGGAGUGCUGGGUUAAUGGGUGCUGGCUUUGGCUCAACUCCUGAAAUGAGUAAGAGAAAUUUGAUUUGGGUUGUUACUAAGAUGCAAGCCCUUGUUGAACAAUAUCCUUCCUGGGAAGAUGUUGUUCAAGUGGAUACAUGGGUGGCUUCAUCUGGGAAAAAUGGGAUGCGUCGAGAUUGGCAUGUUCGGGACUAUCGAACUGGCCAAACUGUUCUGCGAGCAACUAGUGUGUGGGUGAUGAUGAACAAACAGACUAGGAGAUUGUCAAAAAUUCCAGAGGAAGUCCGUGCAGAAAUAGGAUCCUAUUUUAUGGACCGUGAUCCUAUUAUAAAUGACGACGGCAGAAAACUUUCAAAGCUCGAAGAUGAUAAUGCAGAUUAUGUUCGAACAGGGCUAACUCCGCGGUGGGGUGAUUUGGAUGUCAACCAGCAUGUUAACAACGUUAAAUAUAUUGGAUGGAUCCUUGAGAGCGCGCCGAUCUCAAUCCUGGAGAGCCAUGAGCUUUCAGGCAUGACGAUGGAGUACAGGAGGGAGUGCGGGAAGGACAGUGUUCUGCAGUCGCUGGCGGCCGUCUCGAGCAACCAUUUGCCGGAGACUGGCUUGGAGUGUCAGCAUCUUCUACGGUCGGAGAGCGGAGCAGAGGUUCUACGGGCACGAACGGAAUGGAGGCCCAAGCGUGCCCAGGGUCUCCUCCCAAACACGGGCUCACUUCCGUGAUACAAACAUGGGAUGGGAUGUUCAAAUACUCCUCUAUUCUUUCACAUCCUGUUUUUGACAGCCUUCUUUGACAUCUUGCUCUUGAGAUGCAAAUAUCCUAAUGUGUAAACGGGAAGGCCACCUCGCUACACUGCUUUGUAUGAUUUGUUUAUUUGUAAAUUUUCCUUCUAAUUUGUGUAGCCUGCUUUCUAUUUUAGAUCCAUCUUUUAGGACGAUGGUUUUCUGCAUGAGAAGAACCGAAGAAGUGUUGAUGGAGAAGAGUUGAAUGUAAGGGGUGAUCGGGAAGCAAUGAGCUCUACCCCUCAUGCCCUGGGAUGCCAUUGUUCAUUGUUGGAGCCAAUUUCUUUUAUAUAUCUCUAUCCUAACUUGUCGAUUGUCAUUCAAAA